UUGAAUUUACCACCGCAACGAUACGGUGGUGGCGGCGGUCAUGAUCCAAGAUCACCGAACGGUAGACUGCGGCUGGAGGCGUUGCAACAUGAGCAACAACCCCAGCCUGGCUAUGGUAGUGAUGGCUCGGAAACAUUGAGUAUUCAGUCAGCGCAAAGUGCCUCAUCAAGGUUAUUCGCUUCAAUUUCUAGGGAUUUCGAUCGAUUUCAAUAG